UUUGAUCAGUGCUUUUACAGACGGAAGACAAUGGAGAAGGUCAUGCUCUUUUGUGUUUUUUCGUACAGGAUUGUUCAGAUCAGCUCCAGUGAUGUUUCAGGACAUGAUGUGACUCUGUUACGAUUCCGGCUGAACGAAAAGAUCAGUCUGAACUGCAACAUGACCGGCAAAAUCAGAACGGCCUGGUAUCACCAGAAUCCUGAUACUGGACGACUAACACUACUGCUGUCUACCAUCUCUGAUACCUUUCAAAACUAUCAAAACUAUCGCAUAUUUACAAGAAUAGGGACCAACACAGCCUCGCUAGUUAUUACUGAUCUAACAGAGUCAGAUUCAGGUCUUUAUUUCUGUGGAACAUCAAUGUUUUUAGAUGAAAUGCACUUUGAUAAACCCAUCAGACUAGUGAUGGAGGACGAGCUGACAGACAGAGAAGACAAAGCUCAUUCCGUCACAGAACCGCCAGAGGAUGUUGAGAUCACAGCCUCUAUAGUCGCGGUGAUGCUGACGGAGCGUGUGAUGAUAUUCGGUGGUGUUGGUCUGGCUGUGUUUGUGCUUUUUCUGUCUACAGUCAUUACAGGAGGAAUCAUUCACUUUUACGGUUGGCAGAAAGGAUGGACCGCAGCCAAACGUGCUGGUCUGACUGAUUGAAAAAAAAAAACUAGAUGACACUAAAUUUGUGUGCUUUACUCUAUCACAAUAAUCAGCAUUGUUGUAUGUUACCACUGAAUGGUGACUCACCAAUGUGGUUCAGAUCUCACUUAGACUUCUGUUGUGGCAAAGCUCUCGAGGAGCAUUAAAGUGCCCCUUUUAUGCUAUUUGAAAGGUUCAUAAUUUGGUUUUGAGAGGCCUCAACAAUAGGUUUGCAUGCAUGCAAGAUCAAAAAACAUGCACUUUCAUUAACUCUUUUGUGCAUGAUUCUUAAACGAUUCGUUCGAAGAUUCAUCUUUCCAAACCCCUCCUUUGUGUGAGGCUACUCUGCUCUGAUUGGUCAGAUUUGUUUGACUUUGUUUCUUUGAGAGAAAAUGGGCGAAUUCCAAACGUUUUUUUUGCGCCCUUCAAGGGCACUUUGGGAAGGGGACACCAUUUGUAGGGACGUUCAACUGAUUGCCUUCACGAAGGGCCCUUCCAGAAGUCCGUUAGCGAAGGGAACAUGCGAUGGUCACUUCACAGAACUGAAUUCUGUUUGUGAUCAUGUGAUCUUCAGUUAGGAGCUCUUACGAUGCAUUUUAAAGCAAAGUUGGGGUUAAUUUCACUUCACAUACAAACGUAAGUAGAAUAGGCUGAUUAAAUUUGUCUUUAUUUUAAUCUGAUACAAAAUAUUUUUUGUCUGUGAUGGAAAUAUGAUUUAAGAUGGUAUUGUAAGUCAGUUUAAGCACGUUUAGUUUGAAAAGGUUUAAUAGUAAAUAAGACACAGUGAGACAAUAUUUAAAUAAAAUAAUAAUAAUGAGAUUAAAUAUUUAUUUGCAACAAUUUAUGGAGUGCUGAAUGCUGCACGCACAUGCAGCGUUGUCAAGGUAACGUUUGGUCUGUCAUUGCCCUCACCAAGGGAGUUCCAAAUGCUUAUACGAGACAGUAAUGCCCUACACCCUUAAAAGAACACACUUCAAAGGGCUUCUGUUUGGAAUUCACCAAAUAACUUCAUGUUGCACUUUCAGCUUUACAACUUCGCAGACUGUUUACAUUCAAAUACAGCUACAUUACACACUGCAUGAAUGGUAAUUUUCAAAAAUCCAUAAUAGGGGCACUUUAAUAUGUACAUUUAAGCUGAUUUCAAGAGAGUGUAAAUACCAUGGCACAUAAAGCUUGUUCAAAUAAAAUGUCUUCAAUGUUAAAUGUGUUUGUUGGGAGUUCUGAUCAAAUAAAGAGCAGUAAAACUAAGAAAUCACACGUGUUUGUGCAUUUUCUGACAGAAAACCUGAUUAUUAGCAAUGCUAAACCUCGUCAGACACAAGAGGGUUAGGGUUAACCCUAACCCUAAUUAAAAAUCACAAAAAAAUACAUUCUAAAAAUUAAUUUAAAAAAAAAAACAUUCAUUGUAAAGCAUGAAUAUGUGUCAAAUUAAAUGUGGAUGUACAAUUUUAUAGUUUAUAUGUAAUUGUAUAUUUUGUACAAUUGUCUUUUUAAAUAUGUGUGUUUAAAUAAUAUUUCUUUUUAAUGUAGCAUAUAGUGUCUCCUACAGUGAUUUCAUCAUCAUCAUCAUCUACUGGAGAGUUUUUCCUCACCAAUGUUGCUUUGUCUGGUAUUUGCAUUGUUAUUAUUUGUAAAUCUGAUUUGAAAGAGAAUGUAUUGUGAAAAA